AUGAAGCGAGAAUUAGAUGUAGCUGGUACAGCACCAUAUAUUGAACAGAUGUAUGCAGAAACUGGUAACAACAUCCCUGGAAUAAUAAAACGCGUAUUUGAUCGCGUAGAUGCAUCUGGAUUCGGCCUUCACAAACGAGCUUACGAUUACGUAGAUUCCCCUGGUCUUGAUGUCAGCAAGCGAGCAUUUGACAGGAUAGAAGACAGUCCAUUUGGAAUGCAGAAAAAAGUAAAUGAUAUGAUGCCCCGCAUAGAAAAUGACUUGAAGAAUCGAUCGCAAACUAACCAAAACAAAAUCUCUGGCGGAAAUGAACUUGCUAUGCAUGAUACUGACGUAAUCACGUGGAACCCUACUGCGGAUUAUGGACAAUUUCCAUUUGCCCCCAAAGCAUUCACAAAUCAGUAA